UUAAAAAUACUAAUAACAAAAUAAAAUAAUAAUAAAUUAAACUCCAAACAUGUUGCCUUCGCAAGAAGCCUCCAAGAUCUACCAUGACAAUUACAUGCGCAACUCCCGCGCCAUCGGGGUGCUGUGGGCCAUCUUCACCAUCUGCUUCGCCAUCGUCAACGUGGUGGUGUUCAUUCAGCCCUACUGGAUCGGCGACAGCGUCAACACGCCGCAGGCCGGCUACUUCGGCCUCUUCCACUACUGCGUGGGCAGCGGGCCGUCGCCCAGCCGGGAGCUCACCUGCGUGGGCAGCUUCUCCGACUUCAGCUCCAUCCCGUCCGGAGCCUUCAAGGCGGCCUCGGUGUUCGUGCUGCUGUCCAUGGUGCUGAUCCUCAGCUGCAUCGCCUGCAUGGCGCUCUUCUUCUUCUGCAACACCUCCACCGUCUACAAGACCUGCGCCUGGAUGCAGCUGCUGUGCGGAGUGUGCCUGGUGCUGGGCUGCAUGAUAUUCCCCGAUGGCUGGGACGCCGAGGUGAUCCGGGACAUGUGCGGGGAGCAGACGGGGAAAUACUCCCUGGGCGACUGCUCUGUGCGCUGGGCCUACAUGCUGGCCAUCAUGGGCAUCCUGGACGCCCUCAUCCUCUCCUUCCUGGCCUUCGUCCUGGGCAACCGGCAGACGGACUUUUACCUGGAUGACUUGCAGACAGAUAACAAAGAUUUUGCUGUGUCAAGGAUUGAAGUUCGGGACAGAAGAGAGCCGAGGUAUGGAGUGCAACGUCUUCACUGAGGGCGAUGUCUGCCCUGGACAACUUCUCUUCUCUUCUCUUCUCUUCUCUUCUCUUCUCUUCUCUUCUCUUCUCUUCUCUACAUUCUGCUCUUUGCUCUGCUCUACUCUAUUCUGCUCUACUCUACUCUUCAAUGAUCAGGAUACCACCCAAGCUCAA